CACAGGUAGGACUCAGCUGCGCGUGAACGCAACGCGUGUCCGCCGCUUCUUCUUCUGCAGUCAUUCGAGCGCAGGUCUGCUCUGCCGUUCGUCUCACCCUGACACUGAAAUUUUAACAAAUAACGGACAAAAAAGCCGGGGAAAAAGCAUUAAAACAUGUGGAAAUCUGUGGUGGGACAUGAUGUUAAUGUGAAGGUCGAAUCUGAGGGGGACGACUGGGAAACAGAUCCGAAUUUUGAGAAUGAUGUAUCAGAGCAGGAGCAGAGAUGGGGUUCCAGAACCAUAGAAGGAUCAGGUCGAAAAGAACACAUCAGCAUUGCAGAUCUCAGGCAGAAUGUGUCUCGGGAACAUGAGGUGGUUAAGAAGAAAGAGCUGGACCAGGGCCCUAAAUCCUCUUAUGGCUAUGGAGGGAAAUUUGGAGUUGAGAAAGACAGAAUGGAUAAGGGUGCUUUAGGACACAGCUAUGUGGCAGAGGUAGAAAAGCACUCGUCCCAGACAGAUGCAGCAAAGGGUUUCGGGGGAAAAUUUGGUGUACAGAAGGACCGUGUGGACAAGUCUGCCAUGAAUUAUGAGUAUAAGGGUGAGGUACAGCAGCAUGCAUCUCAGAAAGAUUAUGCUAAAGGUUUUGGUGGCAAGUAUGGUGUGCAGAAAGAGAGGGUUGACAAGGCCGCAGUUGGUUACGAUUAUAAAGGCGAGACUGAGAAACACCAGUCACAGAAAGACUACGCAAAAGGCUUUGGAGGGAAAUACGGUGUGGAGAAAGAAAAGGUCGACAAAGCUGCUCUGGGUUACGACUACAAAGGCGAAACAGAGAAACAUCAGUCACAGAAAGACUAUGCAAAAGGCUUCGGGGGAAAAUACGGAGUGGAAAAAGAAAAGGUUGACAAGGCUGCUUUGGGUUAUGACUAUAAAGGAGAAACAGAGAAACAUCAGUCACAGAAAGACUAUGCAAAAGGCUUCGGGGGAAAAUACGGAGUGGAAAAAGAAAAGGUUGACAAGGCUGCUUUGGGUUAUGACUAUAAAGGAGAAACAGAGAAACAUCAGUCACAGAAAGACUAUGCAAAGGGUUUUGGAGGACGUUAUGGAGUCGAAGCAGAUCGCAUGGAUAAGAGUGCAGCUUCUUUCAGUGAUAUGGAGUCACCGUCAUCAUCUUAUGAGAAGCCUCAGGCUUUUGAGGCCUCAAGUGUAGGAGCUGGAAACCUUAAGGCUCGGUUUGAGAACAUGGCGAAGGCCUCAGAUGAGGAGAAUAGAAAGAAAGCAGAGGAGGAGAGAGCCAGAAGACUCGCUCGAGAGAAGAGAGAACGUGAAGAGGCAAAACGCAAACAGGAGGAGCAGAGCAAGUGUGAAGAGGAGGAAGAGAACCAGAGACCACCACCCGUGCCAGCAUCCCAGAAUCCCCCAGAGACAUUCAGAAGACUGCCUGAAAUUCCCAGAGAUGAACCAGAGGAAGAAGCUCAGGUAGAGGAGCAGCCUGAAUAUGAGGAGCCGCCAUUACUGCCGCCCCGCCCAGCUGACCUGAUAGAAGAGGAAGAGGAGGAGGCGGAGCAAAAUUACGCUGAAUGUGAACCCGCCCCUGUACCCCAGGAAGAAGAUUAUGAGGAUAUCGAAUCGUAUGCUACUGCAGCUGCCGAUAAUGACUAUGAAGAUCUAAGUGGGGCAGGAGAUACGGCCACGGCCAUUUAUGACUACCAAGGAGAGGCCAGUGACGAGAUCUCCUUCAUGCCAGGUGACAUCAUCACUAACGUUGAGAUGGUGGACGAGGGUUGGUGGAAAGGAACAUGUCAUGGUCGCACAGGCCUGUUUCCUGCCACUUUUGUGGAGCUCCAGUAGUUGCUAAUAAUCAGUGAUCAAAUUUGUGUUUUAUUAGCCACUUGCAGAAAAUGAUUUUUAUUGCAUUUUUUAUGACAUACAAGUGCAAUAUACUAACAUGUACAGAACGAAAAUUUAAGCCUGGCUGAAAAAUGAGUUCUUUUUGGUUGCUUUAAUGAGCUUGCAUCGAUUAGCUGAGCAGAACUGUCCAUUCAGUGCACAUGAUUAUUAACCAAAUAACAUGGACAUUCAUAUUUUAUCCAUAAAGAUUUUAGAUGUAUAUGAUUAUAUACACUUCUGUUCAAAAGUUUGGGGUUUGUUAAUAUUUUUUUAUGUUUUUGAAAGGCUCUUAUGAUCACCAAGGCUGCAUUUAUUUGAUCAAAAUACAUUAAUAUAGUUGAAAUAUUAUUACAAUUUCAUUUUAUUUCAAUGUAUUUAAAAUGUAUUUUAUUCCUGUGAUCCAAACCUGAAUUUUGAGCAGUCAUUACUUCAGUCUUCAGUGUCACAUGAUCCUUCUGAAAUCAUUUUAAUCAAAAAAAUGCUCAAAAAGCAUUAUUAUCAGUGUUGAAACAGUGUGGAAACCUUUUUUUUUUUUCUGGAUUCUUUGAUGAAUAGUAAGUUCAUAAGAACAGCAUUUAUUUGAAAUAGAAAUCUUGUAACGUCCAUGUUUUUAUUGUUACUUCUGAUCAAUUUAAUGCAUCUUCUCUGAAUUACAGUAUUAAAUUAAUAUAAAAAUACUGCCCCCAGACUUUUGAACAAUAGUGUAUAAAAGAACAUUAAAUAAACGUUUAAAUAGUCACAAUUUUCAGUUACUUUUUCUUUUAGCUGAUUUCCAGUCCUACAAUAUGAAAAAUGGAUUUUUAAAAGUGCAAAUAUUCCAUGUAAUCUCUGAGAUAAUAGGAUGUCCAAUAUUACAAUAAUUAUGAAACACUGUUAAUAGUUUUAAACGAGGAAUGUCAUGUCAGUUACCAGUUUUCUAAACCUUUAUGCAUUGAAUCAAAUGUGCUAAUAUAUUAAGUUGUUUGCAGAACUUAAAUUUGCUAUUUUAAAGACUUUUGGUUGAUGCAGAGAUUAAAUGUAAAGUAUACCAUGCUGUCUCAUAGAGAUACACAAGUCACUGGCCUGGCUUGUGCUUGUCUCUUCAUUGUCUCAGUGUUGUGCAUUUUUGUUGACUGCAAAAUAAAACUAAAUCUUCCAGAUA